AUGAUGGCGGACCCACCGAAUAAAUCUCUUCUCAAUAACCAGCGCGUGCGGGUACUUAUAUUUGUACAGAAAAAGGACGAUGUGCCUUUUGAAGAAUGGAGUCGUUAUUGGAGAGACGUACACUCGAAGAUUUUCAUGGACCUAGAAAUUACGAAGAAGAACAUUUUGAAAUAUGAACAGCUUCACGUGAAUCAAGAAUGGAAAGAAAGACUCGCCGAGUCUCACUGGAAUUUGGGAAACUCUCGACUCAGAGUACCCGAUUACGAUGGUGUGGUAGUGUUCGAAGGAGAGUCCUUAGAGAAGAUCACAGAGGUUAUUCAACACCCCGAAUAUGUAGAGAAAGUCGUCGGUGAUGGGUUAUCGAAGCUUUUCAAAGCCGAUACUAUUGUCCAGGGAGCUUUCGACAUCGCUACCAUACACGAGUCUCCGAACGACCAUAGCGGUGAUGAUGUCAAACUUCCAAAAGUGCCAGGUAUGAGCGGGAACACCGUCCUGCUUACUCUUAUCCGCAAGAAAGAUGGACUCAGUCAAGCGGAGUUCAUUCAUUAUUGGUUGAAUGUCCAUGCUCCGUUGGUCAAACCUUCACUGGCUACUACCCUACAACUUAUAAAACACGAGCAGCUUCACGCUCAUCAAGGAUCGGUACUCCAGAACACAACAGGCUGGGAUGGAAUCGCCGUCACGGUCCAAGGAGAGUCGCUUACUCACGUACUUUCAGAGUUUCAGAAGUACGACAACUUGGAGACUAUGACGGACAAUUGUGACAACUUCCAUCAUAAUUACAAACAAUUCGAAGUACUUCCUUGCGACGCGAUGACGUUCAUUGAUCGAUGA